AUGGAUGAUUCAGAGGUGAAAUCAAUUAAAAAAAUUCAUGACUAUAUGACAGAAUGUUUAAAUAAACCCUUCAAUGACAACAAUUCGAUAGAACUAUGCGAAAAUGAUAUACCAUCAAUCUAUAGUUCACUAAAGAAUUACAUAUUAAGAUUAACAAAUAUAAACAAUUUCAUGAGGUGUGAAAAUUAUGUAUUAAAAAAGAAAAAUGAAGAUCUCAUUAAAAAUGCCAAAGAACCAAAUAUAUCAUAUAUGGGUAAAAAAAACAUCCAUGAUAUAUAUAUAAAUAAGAUAAAUAAAUUAAAUAACGAAAAUGAUUUUAUUAAAUAUAAAUUUCAAAAAAUCCUAAGGAAAAAUCUUUCCUUAGAAAGAAACAAUAUCGAAUUAAACAGAAACUUAUUAAAUAAAGACAAUUACACACAAAUUGAGAAUAAUAAAAAGAGAGUGAAACCUGAUACGGGGGAAAAAAAUAUUACAGAGGACAUCCCCAACCAUUUAUAUGAACAUACAAAAUGUGAUAAUUCAAUUAUUUUCAAUAAUGAAAUUUAUUUAAAUGAUAUAAAUCCCUUUUCCCUUGAAAAGGAAAUAAAAAAAAUUAUUGAAUGUACAAAUAUAUUACAAGACAUGUUAAAUUUAUUAAAUCAUAAUUUAAAAUAUGAUGAUCCAAUUACAUUCUCAGCGACGUUAAAAAAGAUGAACAUGGAAAAAGAAGAAUUGAUGGAACAUAAUUCUUAUUUAAAAAAUAAAAUUUUACAAAUAGAAACAUUUAUUUUAAAUGAUCCAUUUUUAGUUGAAAAAUUUAAUAAUUUAUAUAAUAUGGUAAAUAUAGAUUUUGAUAAAUCUAUAAAAGAUAAUAUCAAAUUAUAUGAAAACCAUAAUAUGAGAAUAUUAUUUAAAAGAUUAUGCUCAUUAGAAAAUACAAACACUAAUAUAAAAAAUGAAUUAAUCUAUCAAAACAAACAAUUAGACAUGUACAAAAUGCAUAUUUCUGAUAUCAAAAAUUUAAUUAAAAAAAAAUUAAACAAUUUUUACACCCUCAAUUAUCAUCAAAACAUUGUUUUUAAUGCUUUAAACAAAUUUAAUAAUACAAAUUUUUCUUUUAAUGAUUUAAAUUAUUUUAAUUCAUGUGAAAAUGAUGAAAAAUUCAUUCACAAUCCUUCCAUAAUUAAAGACAAAUUUAAUUGUACAAAUAAUUUGUCUACAACUAAAAAUUCAGACCCGUUUACUAUUUUUCAAAUAAAUAAUAAUAAAACUGAUCAAAAUCAUAAAUUAUUAAAUGAGGCUUGGGAAAGAAUCUCACAAUUAGACCAAGAUGUCUGCUAUUUCAAAGAAAAAAAAAAUGAAAAGAAACAGCAUGAAGGGGGAAAAGACAUCUCUGGAAAAGAGUAUGAUUGCAUAGUUAAUGAACUAUACUACAUAAAAAUCAAGGAAUUAAUAAACAAAAGAAAAAUAGAGCUGAAUAAUUUUAUAAAUGGUGAAUUAAGCGAAAUUAAAUACGCGCAAAAUGACGCUAGUAAAAUAAAUCAAUGCAAACUAGAUGGUUACAAAUUAAAUAACUACAAUUUGAAUUUAGAUUUGAACGAAUAUCCAAACUAUGAAAAUAAUUAUAUUAAUAGUAAAAUUCUUUUAAAAUAUAUGAAAUAUAAGCAAGCAUAUAAUUUUUAUAUGCAAAAUAAAAAUAUAUACAAAAAAAAUGUAAGCAAAGCAAAAUUUAACAACUUUUUAAAUAAAUAUAUAUUUAAUGAAGAACAUAAUAAAUCUUUAAAUUAUAAUAAUGAUAUCAAAAUCAGUGGUGCAAAAAAGACAUUUUUUGAAUUGUUUCAAAACAAAAAAAUGGGAAAACAUAAAAAAAAAAUAAUAAUUCCACCUAAAAAGAAAUCUGAUGAACAAAGAGAAAGCGUGUACGUUGAAAUUGAAAAUACGGAAUACGAUGAAAAUCAGACAAAAUUGUCUCAAGAAAGUAAUUCGCUAAUUUCUAAAAAAAGCGAUGAUAAUAGUAGGAUGGCAGAUACAACUGAACAUGUGAAAAAAGACGUCGAAAAUGAAGAGAAAAAAAAUGAUUCAUGUGAAAAGAAUGAAGACAGUUCUAUAAGUUUAAGUAAUUUAAAAAAUAAUGAUACCAACUCUGAAAAUUUCGAUUCUCAUUUAGAAUAUCCAAAAAGGCAAGACUUAUCUCUAGAAAUUUUAAGAACCAAUAUUAAUAAUCUUGCUAAAAAAAAAACAAUUGCAAAUACAAAUAGUGAGCAUAUAGAAAAUGAUACCUAUAAAAGAGAUAAUUCCAAGAUGGUGGGAAGUUAUGAAAUAAACAAAGAUAUUUCAUUAUCUAGCAUAAAUAGUAAUAAAAAUUCUAAUACAUCUAAAGAAGAAUUAUAUAAAAAUAUGAUAGAUCAUGAAAAAUUACAAAAUUCAAUAGAAUUUGAAUCAACCAAUGAAUCUGAAAAAUUAACAAAUGUAAAAGAAGAAAAUACAAACAGUGAUAAUGAUUUAAAAAAGGAAAUAAGUAUUCAUGAAAAUAAAUAUGAUUCUACCGAUGUAAAAUUUGAUCAAAAUUUAAAACACCGAAAAAGCUCAAUUUAUGUAAAAAAAAAAACAGAUUAUGAUAUAGAAGUUAAACAAAUUAUAAAUGAGUUAAGUGGCGAAUUUGAUUCAGAUGAAUUAAAUAAAUCAAAAGAAUCUGAAGAAAAAGAAAAUACAUUUUCAAUUAAAAAUAAGUUAGAUUCGCCAAUUUUAGUUAAAGAUGAUCAAGAAGACUACCCCAAAUUUCCCAAAAAGGUAAGUUUUUCAAGUUCAACAAAAAGUGAUGCAACGGAUAUUCAUGAAGAAAAUAUAGAAGAUUCAAAUAGUGUAAUAAAAAAAGUGAAUACUACUAAAAAUGACAGCUUUGAAAGCUAUGGUAAUAAAAAAGGUGAGCCUAGUGUCGAGAAAAUUGAAAAGACAGAGAUAAAGGAAGCAAAUUCAUAUGAAAAUUCACCCCAAAUUAAUAACAUCGAAAAAAGGAAGCCUUCUGAUAUGUGGGGCACAGAUAAUUUUGAUUUAAAGAGAUCGAUAAGUGGAUAUUCGGACCCAGACUUAUUUGACAAUAAAAAAUAUUCAAAUAUUAAGAUUGAAUUAUUUAGAGAUAUAAUAUAUAAAUAUGACAAAAAUUUGUACGAAUUUUUUAUGAAGUUAAUAUUGCAUAGUAAUACUGAUUUAGUAGGAACAUAUAAAAACCAAAUAUUUAAUGCUCAAAUUGCAUCUGAAAAUGUACUAGAUUAUAUUGUUAGUAAUUACACAAAAAAUGAAAAUUGGGAUAACAAUAGAAAUUCAAAAAUAGAAGAAACUGAAAAAGUAAUAGAUUUACUAGGAAAAAACGAUUGCAAAAUAAUCACCGAGUAUAUAUGUAACAACGGUACGAGUACAUCUUUACGAACUUUGUACCAUAAAGUAGAUUUUAUAACGAAAGAAAAUUAUAAAGAGUUUAAAGACAGAUUGUUAGAAUAUGGUGUAAUUAAUUUAAUAAAUUUAUUUUUGGAUGAAGAUAUAAAUCAUUUUGAUAAAAUAUUUUCUGUGUCUUUUGUUAAUUUUGGUGAUGCACUUGGUAUAUCGGGGGAUGUAUGUAUGUCCCAUUUUAAUAAUAUGGAUAAAAAACAUAAUGAAAAGGGAUAUAUUUAUUUGAAGCAUAUAUUUGAUUAUUUAAAUAUAGAAAAUGAAAUAAAAGAAGAAUAUCACAAAUAUAAUUUUAUAUCCGUAAAAAACAAAAAUUACAUAUAUAUAAAUAUUAAUGAAAAUUAUUCUAAUUUAUAUGAGUUUUUUAAUUCAAUAACAAAGAAAAAUAAUUUAUAUAUAACUUUGAAUGAGUUUAUUUAUUUUUUUUCUCAAAAUGAUAAUUUGAAGAAGUAUAAUUUGACACAAAAAGAUGUGAUUGAGUUGUAUUAUUCUAUCCUUUUUUAUGCAUACUAUAGUAAUAAAAAUAAAAACCUUUUGAAUAUUUUGCAAUCUUCAGAUAAUUCUAAAAAUGAUGGCAUAAAUAUUGUUGAUAAUAUUAAUUCGGUUGACAAAGAAUGUGACAAUAAAAAAGAAUUAGAUAAAAAGGAAGACAUAAAUAAUGAAUAUAAUUUGCAACUAUAUAAAGGAUAUUUCACCCUAAAUGAUUUCAACUUUGCGAUUGAAUUAAAAGAUAUUUAUUCAUAUUUUGAAGGAUCAGAAUGCCCAUAUACAAAAAUAAAAAGAAGAAUAAUAGAAAUUUAUGGUACUUUAAAAAAUGGAGUGCUAGUAAAUAGUGAAAUGUGUCAUAAUAAUGAUGAUGAUGACAAUUUGGUAAAUAGUGAUGCAGAUUUAAAAGAUCUAGGCAUUGAGUUAAAUGAAGAUUCAUUUAAAAUAUUUAUGAAAGACAAAUAUAAAUAUAUGCAUCACUCUAAAUUAUCAUCAUAUAGAAAAAAAGCAAACCCCAAUAAAAUAGUACAAAAAAUAAACAAAAAAACAUUUAUGUGUUUAAUGUAUAAUAUAGGUAUACAUAGAAAUCAUUGUUUAAUUUUAUGGAAUAACUUUAUACAAUUUUUAGAAGCAGACUUAUUAGAUUAUAAAAUAUUCUCUGCUUUUUUAAAUGGAGAAAUUAAUUUAUCCAAUAUCAAAACUGAAGAAAAUAUCAAUUGUAUAAAAAAAAAAAUAAUGAAUAACCAUUUAGAAGAUGAAGAAUUUUCUAGAAAUAAAAAACACAGGCUAGAAGGUACUAUAUGCCCACGCUUAUUUAAAAAUAAUCAAAAACUAUAUUCCACUCACGCAUUGACUUUUGAUGAAAUUGAAGUGCUUUCAAAGGUGUUGACAAAUACCCAUUCUUUUAAAUAUUUAGAUAAAAACGAAAAAAAACAGUUUAUAAGCAAUUUGAUGAAACAUUGUUACAAAAAAGGGCACACCUUUGAGUCUAUAAAAACUGGGGAAAAUGUUAAAAAUAAGGAAAAAAAAAGUAGCGAAAAUUAUAUGGACAAAGAAAUUGUUAUUCUCUUAAACGGUAUACUAAAAAAUACCAAAGAAAAUAAUUCUUUCAUAAAUAGUGUUAAUGUAAUCGAAAAAUGUAACUUAAAUUUAUACACCGCCCAUACAAAUGUUGCUAUAGUAGAAAUAAACGAUAAUAUGUAUACUGAAGAAUUUGUUAAUUUGGUUAACAAAAAAAAAGAAAUAUCUAAUGAAUUUAUGAGUAUUGUUGAUAAUAUACCUAUAUUUAAAAACUUUCCAUACGAUUUAAAAAGUCAUAUAUCUAUGAAUGUUAAAAAAUGUGAAUAUCAAAAUAAACAAUUUAUAAUAAGACAGCAUGAUGAUCCUUUGGAUUUUUAUAUAUUAAAAGAUGGAGAAGUUAGUAUUUAUUAUAAUAAUACAGAUAAGGAUAUAAACACAUUGUCAGCAUAUUCAUUUUUCGGAGAAAUAUCCAUAAUAUUUAAUACGUUGAGAACAUGCAAUGUUGCUGUUAAAUCAGAUAAAGCUAUUUGCUAUUCUAUUUCUAGUGAAUAUUUUCAAUCUUUGUUAAAUAAAGAUAUGGUCAAAGAAUUUAUAGCACAUUCUCAAAUUAAUUAUAAUGAAGAAAGUUUAAACGAUGUUAUCAUAACAUAUAUGAAUAAUCAAAUCCAGAAUAAUUCAAAUAUUAUAAAAGGCAAUAGCAUAUCAAUACCACGCUUAAAUGUGGAACCUAAUGCAUCUGUAAAUACAAGUAUGAGUAAUAAUUCCAAAGGCAUUAGUCGUGAUAUUGUAAGUAAUGUAACAUUCUCUACGACCUUAUCAUCAGAUACCAUUAUGUUAGAUACAGAAUAUAUAGACAAUAAAAAAUAUAUUCGCUCCUUUUACAGUGAUUUAGACAAAAUUCUUCUAAAUAAUUUUAAUACUGAGCAAAAAUAUAUGGUUGAAGAAAUUGAAGCAAAUUUAAUGAGAGUGAAAGUUUUUAAAAAUAUAUUAAAUAAAAUGGAAGAAAAAGAUAAAUUUGUAAAAAAUUUGAAAUAUGAAAAAUGUCCUAAAGGGAAGCAUUUAAUAUUAGAAGGAGAUAAAUGCGAAAAGUUUUAUUUUAUUAAACAAGGUGCAGUUUCAAUACGCCAAUUUAAUCAAUAUAAAAAUAUGUAUGAUGAAAUAACCACUUUUAAAGAUAAUCAAUAUUUUGGUCACCAAUUAAUUUUAAGCAAAGAACCAUCUAUUUUUAUUGUAGUAACUGUAUGCAAUACCGAAUUGUAUACAAUAGAUGCAAAUUUGUAUAUUCAACUUUUAUCCCCUUUUAUUGACAUACUUAACAAAUCAAAAGAUAUAAACGAAUUAGACGUUUUAACAGAAAGUAUAAAUAAUGAUGCUAAAAUACAAAAAAAAGAUGCAGACUUUAUAACAAAAGCUAUACAUUUUUUAAAAAAAGUUAAUAUUAUUAAUAAAUUAAAUGAUGAUGAAUUAUAUAAUAGUGCUAAAAACUUCCAAUUUAAAUUUUUUAAGAAAGGAAAAGUUAUUAUAAAAUAUGAGGACGAACCUGAUUUUUUUUACAUAAUUAAAAAGGGAAUUGUUUCAGUAAAAACAGAUAAUGGAAGAAAGACUAUAUCCAAUGAAAAUAGCUUAAAUUCGAAUAGCAAUAUAGACUCUGAUAAAACAAAUACUACUGAAUCACAAAAUGAAGAACCGAAUAUGAAAAAAUCUGUAUAUUUACACAAAUAUGAAUAUUUCGGAGAAUUAUCUAUCAUAAAUAAUCAACUAAGAACAGCUACGUGUGAAGCAUAUACAAAUUGUUUCUUAUUAGCUAUAGACAAAAUAUCUUUCUCAAAUUAUUUUAGUAGUAUAUUUAACGAACUAUUACAAGAAGCAGAAAUCAAAUAUACAAAAAAUUAUUCUUUACCUCCAUGGUUAAAAACCAUAUAUGGUAAUGACAAUAAUUAUGAUAAUAUGAAAUCUUUUGCAUCUAUAAACUUGCCUAAACUAGAUAGUUCAUUAAGUAGUAUAUCAGACAGAAGUAGCGAAGAAUUUGACUUUGAGAAAGAUAUAAAAAAGAAAAUUAAAAAAGCACAAAAAAAGGAAAAAGAAAUAAAAAAUAAUAAAAUGAACAAGAACAAGAAUAAAAACGAUCAAAUGUCAGAAAAAGAUAAAGUAAAUAUUAAAACACAAAAUAAUAAAGAAAAUUCAACUAACAAAAAAGUUAAUGAAUCAGCGAAUGAUAUAUCCAAUUCAAACAACAGUUCAGGCUUACUCUGUUUAACUAAAGAAAAUCUUGAUGAAAAAUUAAAAGAGAUUGAAAAAGUGAAAGAGAAAAAAUUAGAAGAAAUGAAAUUAAAAGAAUUAAAAGUCUUCGAAAAAAUCAAAUUAAGGGAUGAAAAAAAAGUCGAAAGAAUUAUGAAAAAAAAAAAUAAACAUAUACAUAAAAAAAACGAUGGUGUUCUUAAAUUCAAUGAUAAUAUUGAGAAUAUAGAUGAAAAAAUAAAUAAGAAAAAGAAUGAUAAACUUGCAAAAGAAAAAUCUGCUGAAGUAGAAAAUAACCAAAUUAGUGGAAAGAUAAAUUCAAAUGAUGGAAAUAAUCCAACAACACUGAUAAAAGUUAAUGUAGUGAAAGAAACACACACUGAAAAUAAUAAUAAUGAUGCUGCAGAGGAAAAACAUAUUUUACAGAUUAACCAAGUAGUACAAAAAGAAGGAAAAGAUACAUUAGAACCCUUAAAUCUUCCAAAAAAAUCAUCAAGCAUUUUGAAAAUUAGAACAAACUCAUCAAGCUCAACGGAUUUAGAUGUAAAAGAUUUAAUAUAUAAAUUAACAAAUUAUAUCGAAUCAGAAUACAGUUCAAUUCAUCAAUUUUAUGAAAGUAUAGACAAAUUUAAUAGAGGGUAUAUAAAAUAUGAGGAUUUUUUGAAUAGUAUGAAUUCUAUAAAUAUUAUAAAUAAAAUAUUUGAUAAAGAGGAAAAAAUAGAAAAUGUUUUUAAACAUCUUUGUAAUGAUAUGAAUAUAUUAACACCAAACAAUUUUUAUAUAAGUAUUUAUAAACAUAAAAAUAUAGAUAAAUAUGAACUAAACUUAAGGUUACGUGAAAUAUAUAGUAAUAGUAUAUUAGGUUUUAAAAAAAAUAUUGUAUUAAAAACAGUUGAAGAUAUUGUUAUAAACUAUGAAGAUUUUGAAAAUGUUUGUAACCAAAUUGGGUUAAUUGAUAAAGAUAAUAUACAAAAUAUUUGGAAUGAAAUAAAUAUAAUGAAUGAAGAAAAUAUACCAUUAGACAUUAUUAUAAAUAUAAUUAACGGAGAGUUAGAUAUUGAAGAAUCGUAUGAAAUAUAUAAUAACAAAAAAUCACUUCUAAAUCAAGUUGUUAAUUUUUUCCAAGGUAAUAAUGCUGACCUUAUAAAAAUGAGUACUAAUGUUAUGGAAUGUAAUAUACUAACUAAUUAUGAAGACCCUGUAAUUAUUAAUAAAGCACACCAUAAAUCAUAUCCAAAUGAAUGUAAUUAUAUAGUUAAACAACUCGAAUUAGAUUCAAACUUUAAAAUGUUAACAUUAGAUCAAAGAAAAUAUUUUGCAACAUUAAUGGAUAGAAAUGUGGCAAGUUCUGGAGAAAUAAUAACUAAACAAAAUUCAGAUAGCUCACCAAUUAUGUUAUUAUUUGAAGGAACAGCUAACCUAAUUACAUACACCAUAUUUGGUAUAGAAACUGUUGUUCGAGAAAUUAAAAACGAUGAAAUAUAUGGCUCAUCGGAAGUUAUUGCUGAUUCUGUAUCAGAUUAUGAAGUAAAAAUAAAUUCAAAUAGUGCAAUAAUUUGGACAUUAAAAAGGGAACAUUAUAAUGAAAAAAUUAAGCCUAUGUUAGAAGAAAGACAACAAAAUUGUAUCCAUAUUUUACAAGUACUUAAAAAUGUUCCAAUAUUAAGAUAUUUGCCUUUAGAAAUACUUGAUAAUAUUUCUUAUUCUAUGAAAAUAGAAAUUCAUGAACCUAAUCAUACAAUUAUAAAAGAAGGGGAUUAUGAUGAUAAAUUUUAUAUUAUAUGCAAAGGAUUAGCAACUGUUGAUAUACCAUCAAAAUAUACUUGUAAUAAACUUAUUAUUUCAUCAUUAAAAAAAGCUGAUUAUUUUGGAGAACUGUCAUUAAUUAACAAUACUGCAAGAACAGCAAAUGUUGUUUUGGAUACUACUUCUAUUUUGUUUUCUCUCGUAUCUUCAGAAUUUAAUAGAUUGUUAAGUCCUUAUUUUGAUAAAUUUACAAAUAGGGCUAAAGCAAAUUAUAAAAAAAUUCAAGUAGAAAAUUCAUUAUCCCAUACAGAUAUGCAAAUAUAUGAUAUCAAUCAAAAUUACACAAAUUCAUCAAUUUAUAAUAGAAAUAGGAAACAUAAAGUUACUAUACAAGACAGUAAUUAUUUGAAGAAUAUUGAAAAUAAAUUGAAACAAAAUAUACCCAAGCAAAAUGAAUUAUCGGAAUCACAAAAUGAUGACAACAAAAAUAAUACAGAAUUAUGA